AUGCGUGACUCUGAUCUAUUUUCCUCUCUUAACCAGGUACAACCUGCAGAAUAUGGCAAUACCAUCUGCCAAGAGGAAAAACCAGAACAACAACUGGAGCUGGCCACGAUCAACUGCCAGGAUAAAACUCCAGAAACCCCUGAGGUUAAGAUCUAUCAGGAGAUAGCAGAGGAAUCAGGCUGUAAUACCUACCAGCCUGAUACAUGCACCAACUCUGAAGAGCAAGUGGAAGCCCUGGAACAACAGGAUAUACCAGAGGAAUCAGGCUGUAAUACCUACCAGCCUGAUACAUGCACCAGCUCUGAAGAGCAAGAGGAAGCCCUGGAACAACAGGAGAUACCAGAGGAAUCAGGCUGUAAUACCUACCAGCCUGAUACAUGCACCAACUCUGAAGAGCAAGUGGAAGCCCUGGAACAACAGGAGAUACCAGAGGAAUCAGGCUGUAAUACCUGCCAGCCUGAUACAUGCACCAGCUCUGAAGAGCAAGAGGAAGCCCUGGAACAACAGGAGAUACCAGAGGAAUCAGGCUGUAAUACCUACCAGCCUGAUACAUGCACCAACUCUGAAGAGCAAGUGGAAGCCCUGGAACAACAGGAGAUACCAGAGGAAUCAGGCUGUAAUACCUACCAGCCUGAUACAUGCACCAGCUCUGAAGAGCAAGAGGAAGCCCUGGAACAACAGGAGAUACCAGAGGAAUCAGGCUGUAAUACCUGCCAGCCUGAUACAUGCACCAGCUCUGAAGAGCAAGAGGAAGCCCUGGAACAACAGGAGAUACCAGAGGAAUCAGGCUGUAAUACCUACCAGCCUGAUACAUGCACCAGCUCUGAAGAGCAAAAGGAAGCCCUGGAACAACAGGAGAUACCAGAGGAAUCAGGCUGUAAUACCUACCAGCCUGAUAAAUGCAACAGCUCUGAAGAGCAAGAGGAAGCCCUGGAACAACAGGAGAUACCAGAGGAAUCAGGCUUUAAUACCUGCCAGCCUGAUACAUGCACCAACUCUGAAGAGCAAGAGGAAGCCCUGGAACAACAGGAUAUACCAGAAGAAUCAGGCUGUAAUACCUGCCAGCCUGAUACAUGCACCAGCUCUGAAGAGCAAGUGGAAGCCCUGGAACAACAGGCGAAUCAACAUCCGCUUGAAAAGAAGUACCCGAAGCCCAGGACAUAUGUACAAGCCCUGGAGCCUAUCGGCGAGGACAACUACGGUGUCAUUUAUAACGGAUGGCACCGUAAGCAGCAAAAAGAUGUGGCCAUCACCAUCAUUAAGGAUCCAAAGAAGCAAGAAGAAAUCCUCAAGCAAAUAGGCAACCUUGAGAGAACAUCUCGCCACGGAAAAAUCGACUGCUUUUAUGAGGCAUAUUAUCAUCCUGCCUCUAAAAAAAUGCCCCAUUAUGAAGGAUUGUGGGUUUCAACUGAGCUUUACACCGGAACAUCACUGAAAGAGCUCAUCAACAGUCAGAAGCAGAAAUCCUUGCCAGAGAACACCAAAGCUUACAUCUGCAAGGAGGUGUUACAGGGCCUGAGUCAUCUAGAUAAAAACAAGGUCAUUCAUCACGACCUGAGGCCUGGCAACAUCAUGGUGGCAUCAUCUGGAGAUGUAAAGAUCAUUGACUUCACCUCUGCCACCAUGGGACUGAGGAGCCGUGCUACUUCUGGAGCAAUUCCAUACAUGGCUCCAGAAGUAAUGGCCAAUAUUGGCAAUAACACCGUUGACUAUACCACCAAGGCUGAUGUAUGGUCACUGGGGAUAUCAGUGCUGGAAAUGGCAGAAGGAUAUCAUCCAUUCAGCAGAUUUCCUGAGGAUAAAAUUAUGAAAAGGAUUAAGCACGGCCCCGCACCAACAUUACUGUGGGACAAAUGGAGUGACAAAUUCAGUUUCUUCAUUUCCGAAUGCCUCCAGAAAAACCCAGCUAGGAGGCCCUCUGCAGAACAGCUACUAUCACACCCCUUCAUUUGCAACAUCUCAAAUGAAAGGGGUGUGAAAAAGUCCAUCAAAAGGCACCUGCAAAAAUCCACUCAACCCUUCUUGAUAAUGUUUCUGCUAGUAGAACUGAUUCAGGGUAUAAGAGAGGAUGAAGUGGUGUUCUUGUUUCUCCUUGAUAAAGAGCUGUUAUGUGAAAUGCGUAGGAGUUAA